AUGGAUAUCUCAGAAUCGUCAGCCCAUGAGGUAUUAGCGAAGACAUUCCCGGGCUUCGAUUGGCUUGCAGGUGACGAGGCCAUGGAGGUAGACUGGGCUGAAGGCGUUAGCGAACUCAAUACGAUGAAUAGUGCACUGCAGAACACCCACUCACCACCGUCCACUCAAAUUCUUAUCGAGCAAUUACCUGCGACAUUAUCACCACCUAAUUCAUGGCCAAAUGAGCCUUUUCUACAUUGGGAUCAACAGUCCACGCCUAAAAGACUUCCACAAGCCACAAUACGAGAACUCUUUGAACUUCGUACUUGCGAAAUCCUGUCAAUCAAGGAUGACCAGACUAGGAAUCCGUGGAGGACGUUGAUCUGGCCAAUGGCUCAAGAUUGUCCGGCACUGUAUCACGCUCUCGCAGCAAUGACCUGCCUACAACUGACUAAAACACAACCAGAAUUUGGUCUUCCUGGUAUUCGGCACUAUGACCUUUGCAUACAAGCACUAUCAACAACUGAAGUCAACAACAGCAUGUCGUUGGAGUCUGCCAUUGCUACCAGACUGGCCCUAGGCUGGGCCGAAUGCUGGGAUAAUCGAAAAACUUCAACUGGCAUGAAUCACAUCAACAGUGCUCACAGGCUAAUGCAGAAGGCAGUCUCUAAACAUCAAGCCUCGAGUUUAACGGACGGGGAGCUCAGCCGUCUAAGUUUCCUGGCCAAUACAUGGAUUUACAUGGAUGUCCUCGCCCGUUUUUCCUGCCUCCAGGAUGGGGGACCUUUGGACUUUGAUUUCAUGAACACGUGCAGCCUUUUGAGUCCGGUCCCGCUUUCACGUCAAGUCGAUCCACUCAUGGGAUGUGCCGUCACUCUAUUUCCAAUAAUAGGACGGUUGGCAGAUCUUGUCCGACAUGUACGAAAAAGGAGCGAGAAGCGGAAUUCGCUCGCCAUCAUAUCCAAAGCUCUCGAUAUCAGAUCAAGUAUAGACCGCUGGGUCCCCCCAAUAAGCACUGAACCCUCCAAGGGACAUAACCACAACAUAUCAGACCCCAUCCAAACAGCCGAAGCCUAUCGGUGGGCAGCUCUCCUGUUGCUACGCCAAACAGUUCCUGAGCUGCCGUCGUCUUUCUCAAUGUGGGAUCUAGCUCAGAAGACACUGGUCUUUCUGGCCACUGUGCCGCCCGUCUCCGGCACGACCAUUAUCCAGAUCUUCCCACUGCUAGUGGCCGGGUGCGAAGCUUAUGGAGACGAGGAUAGAGAAUGGGUCCUCGACCGGUGGGAUCUGAUGUCCAAGCGCAUGAUCGCAGGGACAAUUGACCGUUGCAAGGAAAUGACCCUCGAGGUCUGGCGCAGGAGAGACGAAUACGAGAAUGCGAACUUCAAGAAAAACAGCAGUAACGCCGACGAUGACGAAGACGAGUCCACAACCCCCGACGUCAUCUACAAUAAUAGUCGCAAAGACCCAAACACGACCGUCGACGACACAACGACCAUCGCUACGAGCACAGAGCCCGCCCUUAAUCCAAUUGUAACAACAACGACGACCAAAAAAUCCCCCUCCGCCGCAGCUUCCGCCGCCUCCGCCGCCGCCGCAGCACGAUCCGUCGACUCGAAAACGCCCACUGACUUCCCGCAAUCCCUGGCCUUCAAGAAAGACAUUGACCCCCUGACCAUGUCAGGGAGUAUCGACUACACGGUCAAGGGAUCCAUGCAUUGGCUCGGAGUCAUGCGUGAUUGGGGUUGGGAAGGUACGUACCCUGAUCGUCUAUAUGAAUUAGCCAGCUAUCAAGCGAAGAGCUGGCUCAUUAUGGUUGUUUGCUGCACGGCUCUCGCCCUAUUUCUAUAA